UAAUCAUUUUCUCUCACUUACACUAUACCUGUGUACAUAAUAUACUAGUGAAAUGGAAUAAUAAUUUAGCGCCGCAUCAUAGCAGCUGUGGCACUAACGUGUGUUCUUGGUUCGUGAUGUUGAUAGACGUAGUGAUUACAUACUCUUUGGUUCAUAGUUUUUCAUCAAUCUGUGAUCAAUACAUAAAUAAAUUGUGCAUAAAUUUAUUUUAGGGUUUAAUUUAUAAAAUUCAUUGUAUCCUUGAACUAAUUUGAUAUUAUUAAACACAAAGAAACGCAGUUUAUGUGUUACGUUACAAAUAAUUGCAAUAAUUCUAAAUAAUUAUAAUGUGAUAAAAAUCCUUUGUAUAAAUUCACAAAGUCAUUUCUCAUGAAAGUUUUUUUACGUUUCUGGGCCAAAGUCAAGAAUGUGUAGACAAGGGGUAAUCUGUAUAUAGAAUUUUAAGACGUAGAAGCAAUAAUUAUUAGGGAGAUAGUGUAAAUAUGGCACACUACAGGCGCGAUAUUACGUAUAGCGCGCUGGAUAAUGAGUUGACUCCGCCACUCGCCAGAUCUGCGGAAAACACAAAUACUCCGACGAUGAUUACUCUGGACCAGGAGCAUGACGAUACCACCAAUGUUAUCAUACACAAAGUACCUCAAACUAAAGGAGGAUGGACACACAUAAAAGACCUCGACUCAUUUUUUACAAGAAUGUAUAGAUAUUAUGUUAGGGGUGGUUUCUACCCCAUGAUUAUGUCAGACUUCUUUUACUUAUUACAGUUUAUUUUCAUUGUGUGGUUCUCAACAUUUUUAAUACACUGUGUAGACUAUCCAAGGUUAUUUAGAAAUGAUCCUAAAGCAAAUAGAAGUGAAAAACUUAGUUUGAGUGAUGUAAUAUUUCCUACAUCAGUAUGUGUAAGCUACAUAUCUUGGACUUGGUGGUGUCUCAUCACGCUCUGUUCUAUAAUUUGGUUGAUGAGACUAGCCAUAUCAUUUUAUCAUUUAUUUUAUGCAUAUGACACAAAAUUAUUUUAUAAUAAUGCUUUAAAAAUUAAAGAGUGUGAUUUAGCAUGGAUCAACUGGUCUACAAUACAGGAAAGAGUAAGAGAAGCCCAAGCAGAACAUCACAUGUGUGUCCACAAACAAGAAAUCAAUGAAUUAGAUAUUUAUCAUCGAAUACUCAGGUUUAACAAUUACAUGGUGGCGAUGGUCAACAAGAACUUACUGCCUUUGCAAAUACAAGUGCCUUGCAUUGGAGAUUUUCAUUAUCUAUCGAGGGGAUUGAAGUGGAAUUUAGAGUUUCUGUUAUUUUAUAGUCCAUGGAGUCCGUGGGAGAAUUGCUGGCAACUCCGUACGGCAUAUAAGGACCACUCGAAACGCAUGCUACUCGCCAAACAGCUGGAACGACAAAUUGUACUAUUGGCCUUGGUCAACCUGGUUCUGUCACCGCUGAUUCAGGCCUGGCAGAUACUGUACUUCUUCUUCAACUAUGCUGAGUUAGUAAAACGUUCGCCGGGAUCGCUAGGACUGCGUACUUGGUCGCUAUAUGCGCGAGUGACGCUGCGGCAUUUCAACGAAUUAGAGCAUGAACUUCAGGACAGACUCAAUCGCGCGCACAAGCCAGCUACCAAGUAUUUGGCCAGCUUCAAUUCGCCCAUCACCACUGUUAUUGCCAAAAACAUAGUGUUCUUAUCGGCGAGCGUGCUAGGCGUGCUCGUGGUGCUGUCGGUGUACGAUGAAGACGUGCUCACGGUCGAGCACGUGCUCACUAUCAUCACGAUACUGGGCUGUGUGCUAGCUGGGGCAAGGGCUCUAAUCGGGGAGGAGGAGAGGCUAGGCGGCGCGUGCACAGGUCCGGCGCGCGGCGAAGAGCUGCUCGUGCAAGUGUUAGGUCACGUGCACUACCUGCCAGCGGCUUGGAGAGGCCGCGCGCACACUAAAGACGUCGCCGCACACUUCCAACACCUUUUCCAGUUUCGAGCGAUAUACAUACUAUACGAGCUUCUCAGUCCGCUGCUGUGCCCGAUAGUGCUCCUCUCUAUACGCACGCGUGCCCUGGAUAUUGUAGACUUCUAUAGAAACUUCACUGUCACGGUUCUUGGCAUUGGGGAUGUAUGCUCAUUCGCUCAGCUCGAUAUUCGACGUCAUGGACACCCCGAUUGGCAAACUCCUGGAAAAUGUGGAGAUAAAGGGUCCAAUACGCAGUACAACCAAGGCGAAGGUGGCAAGACAGAACUAUCCCUGGUGGCGUUCUCGUGCCGCCAUCCCGGCUGGAUGCCUGCCGAGCCCACGCAGAGGCACUUCCUACGUUCCCUUCGCCAGAGCAUGCAUCACGCGAUACCCAAUCAGAACGGCCUGAAUAAAACUAUGCUGGGUUCCUACAUUCAACAGAGUAUAUUUGGCACCAAUACACCUCUACCUGCAGUGUUGUCUUAUUACCAGCAACAACGUCAGCAUUACAGGCUUCCCGAAAUGGACGAAAUGAGUGACGAGGAGGAAGCGGGGGUUUCCAGGAGUUCAGUUGGGUUGGCGGGGGCCGGCAGUGCCUUGGGAGCCAGCGUUAUGGGGCUCGAGGCGCCCCCUGAGUUGCCAGAUGAGGCGCGCGACAUGUCUGUCAGUACUCUGCAUCUGUACGACUUGCAUCUCUCGCAGGCACAGACACAGAAUGUGUCAGCGUGCUGUACGAACAACUGUAGCGAGCGAAACCGCGGCGAGACCCGAUGGGAGAGCGGCGAGAGCACGCCUUUGCUCCACCGCCCAUAACAGUGGCUGGCCACGCCCCGACCCGGUCCCGAGUGGGUGUAGCUCCUAUGUGAUCUUACUGUCCCUUUCCUGCACAGACUGAUGAAUCAUCCUAGGUCCUAGCUUAACAUACAGGUGAUUAGCGAGAAUGUUUCCAGUGAGACGGUUCGUUAGGGUCUAUUAAUAUCUAUCGACGUGGAAUCCGCUCUAGCCGGUCUCAAAAACCGUCUCCCUCCGCGUCUUAUUCCUCAUUGCUGAAGGUUGUGACUCCUUUCUAUUAAUCACAUAUUUUAUUUAUUUAUUUUAUCUAUAUAACUAUGGUAUUUACAUAGGUUCUUAACACCCUUGAAGUCUUGUCGAAUUGUCUGGGCUCUGAACAUAAUAGUUGGCGAAUAGCCUAUAGUAGUAGUUCAGUACUUGGUAUAGUAAUGCGCUGUAUUCCUUUCGCAUACACCUCGACCAAGAAAACAAGGUUUGGAUUCUUAGGUUUUACACUUACCUACAGCUUAACGUGCUCUACGAAGCACCGAGGAAACAAAGAGAUCAAAUUCGGUAAACUCCCUAUAUUUUUUUUUUCUAUGACAUUUUUUUUUUUUUUCCAUCGACAUCAAGUCUACUCGCUGCAAACAUUUUAGCUAAUCACCAUUAUGAAAAGUCCCUUUUUAUAAAUACGAAACCAAUUACAAACUUCCGAUUCCUAGAAUGUAUAUCAGCCAUACUUAUUUCAUAUUAUAACAGCUUUGUAGAACCGUAGCUUCGUUUAAAAUCUUAAAGUCCCUUGUCAUCGUAUAUAAAAAAAUACUUAUUUAAAAUAGGUAUCAUUAAAAAACUUCGGAGGUUUGCACGGUCAUUUUGUUACGAUUAUAGUUCUUGCAAUUCACGAGCGUGUACUUUACUUAAGGUUACGUCGUAUACAUAUACAUUGCAUAAGUGCGCGUGACUGGCGGACCAAUCAGACGCGAGCAAGCGCUCGCAAACGCACACAUUUACUUAGGCUGAUACGACUUAAGGUGGAAGCGACAGGUUUAUAUAAAAAUCUUUACUUGAAA